CAGGUACAAGUACAGUCGUAUAUAUGUUGGCGCUGGGCGGUGGCCCGCUACUAUACUUUGCUUGCUUCCAUAUCGUGGACCGGCCGGCAGACGAUGGUGGAGAUGGCGAGCCUGCGAGCAGCCCUGCUGCUGAUCCCACCCUUCUCCGUGGUGGUGGCCAUCAUGGCGGCGCGGUGUCUGUGCCGCGUGAUGGCGCGCAAGCUGAGCGCGCUGGCGUGCUCCCUGCAGUUGGCGUGCCUCUCGUCUGGCGGCUCGUCGUCGUUCCGGUACCAGCUGAUGGUCUCCUCGCCGUCGUCGUCCGUGGAGGACAUCAUCAAGGGCGGCGGUGGGCAGCUGCCGGUGGCGCUUUAUUCCCGGAGGACGACGCGCCGGCGCUGCGACGGCGAGGAGGAGGAGGAGGAGGAGUGCGUGUUCUGCCUGAGCGGCAUCGAGGAGGGGUCGGAGGUGAGGGAGCUCCGGUGCCAGCACCUCUUCCACCGCGCCUGCCUGGACCGCUGGGUCCGGGCGCGGCCGGUGGCGGCGACGUGCCCGCUCUGCCGCGGGCGGCUCCUGGCGGAGUACUACUGCUACGAUGAGGAGCAAGAGGAGGAGGCGGCGGUGGAUGAUGAUGAGGAGGACUCGGACAUGAUGCUGUUCAUGGCGUGCGUGCACAGCAGCAGCAGCAGCAGCUGGCUGUGGGCGUCGUGACCGUGCCUAGCUGCUAGCUCGAUGGUGCGUAUGUACACAAGUUGUUGGUGGUGCGUGCUUGAGAAUCAAACUUGCUUUUAUGUACGUUUGUUGUUUCUUUUUUUUUCAUUUGGGCGAUCGAUCGAUGUGUACGUAGUUGCAUUGUGUAUGUACAGUGUUGGCAACAGUAGUACGUGGUAGAGAGGAAGCAGUAUGUACAUACGCUGUGUGUUUUGCAGCAGGGCGAUGAUCGAGGCAUAUAUAUACACGCAUCGAUCACGCAUGCACAUUAUUAUUGUAUGAUGUUGGUAUAUACUCAAUCCAUUUCAAACUGUAAA